UGGCUCAAGGAUUUUCUGAUGUGAACGUAGGGAGCCGCAAGCUAUCGGAGGCUGAAGGAGGAUGGCAGAGGAGUUCGCCAAGUUCAAACGGUUUGAAUAUCGCACAAACUCCAACUUGGUGUUGCAGCGAGAAGGUGCUGCGCCCUCGCAAAAUGAACCUACAGGCGAACCGGAAUCCCUUCGUGGCAGGGUCUAUCAGAAGAUGGGUGACCUUGUGCAGUAUGAGAAACCGAAGGAAAUAGAAGAGUUUAAGGAGAAGAAGAAAAAGAGACUCGAGGAGAAACGAAAGGAGGAAGAUGUGGUAUCCAAGAAGGCCAGAAUGGACAUCAACAAAGGUGAGACGGUCCUUAGUACAGAUGUGACCGAGAUGCAGAUCUACCGGCCACGCACAGCCCAGACAAAGGCUGUCUAUGAGAUGCUUUUAAACCGUUUGCAGCAGCCUCUUGGGGACCAGGCGCCGGACGUUCUUCGCGGAGCUGCCGAUGAGGUCCUGGCGGCCAUCAAGACCGAAGGUGUGUUAGACUCUGAACGUAAGAAGGACGUCGAAGAGGUUCUUGGGUCCAUCCCUGACGAAUACUUUGCUGAACUCUUCAGAUUGGCGAAGCAGAUCACAGACUUUGGAGCCGAUGUCGAGGAUGAGGAACAGGAUGACACCGUCCGCACGAAAGAGGGUUUGGAUGAUGCUGCUGGUGUCGCUGUUGUCUUCGAUGAAGAUGACGAAGAUGAGGGUGGGGACUACAUGCAUGAACUUGGAGAAGACGAUGAAGAUGACGAUGAUGACGAAGGUGGAAAAAUGGACGAUGAUAGGGAUGAUCGAGGGAUUCAUGCAACCUUAUUGGAAGCGGAUGACGAAGAGGAGGAAGCGAAGAAGGAGGACAAGUACAACGUUGACAUCCAGAAAAUCGAUGCGCACUGGCUGCAACGAGAAUUGGGCAAGAUUUUCCAGGAUCCCAACAAGUGCAUUGCAACUGAGAAGGAGAUCUUGUCAAUUCUGCCAAUCAAAGACCUGCAACAGUGCGAGAACAGGUUGGUGCAAGUGUUGCAGUAUGAGAACUUUGAAUUUACCAAGCUUUUGCUGAAGAACCGAUUGAAGAUUCUGUAUUGUACCCGCUUGGGUCAGGCACAGACGGAAGAAGACAAGACAGCCGUCUUGGAAGACAUGCGCAACACCCCGGAAGCUCAAGCGGUUCUAGAGGAGUUGGACAAAGCCUCAAAGAAGCGAGAUCGAGAGCGCGAUAUCAACAGGGACUUGCGCAAAGAGGUUCGCCAGCUUCAGUUGCGAGGUGCCCGAGAGAAGGAGCGCGGCAUGGACGAUGAAGGUCAGACCUUGGGCCGAGGAAGGGCAAAAGUGGCAGAAGAGCAGCAGAAGAAACCCUCGCACAUGCUGGACCUGGACACACUUUCAUUUUCACGAGGUAGCCAUUUCAUGGCAAACUCCAAGUGCCAGCUGCCAACCGGGUCAUUCCGCGUGCAGAAAAAGGGCUACGAGGAAGUGCAUGUGAAGCCAUUCAAGCACCCAGAGGUCAACCCGGAGGACUUGAUUCCUCUGUCCAAGCUUCCGACAUGGUGCCAAGAGGCUUUCCCAGGUGCCACGAAACUCAACACGGUGCAGAGCAAGGUUUUCAAGACGGCCUUUGAAGAGCACAAUGAGAAUAUGCUGGUUUGUGCCCCGACCGGCAGCGGCAAGACCAAUGUGGCCAUGUUGACGAUUCUGAAUGUGAUGAACCAAUUCCGAUUGAAGGAUGGUUCCUUCGACUUGGCCGGCUUCAAAAUCGUCUACGUCGCACCUAUGAAGGCCUUGGUGCAGGAGGUGGUCCAGAGUUUCACCCAGCGCUUGGAGAAAGCGUAUGGAGUCACGAUUCGGGAGCUCAGCGGUGACGUGAACCUCACAAAAGCUCAGAUUGACGAGACGCAGAUCAUUGUCACGACGCCCGAAAAGUGGGAUAUCAUAACUCGGAAGGCAGGUGACCAACGUGCAUACACACAGUUGGUUCGUUUGGUCAUCAUCGAUGAGAUCCAUUUGCUGCAUGACAGCCGUGGCCCUGUCCUCGAAUCAAUCGUGGCCCGCACCAUCCGCCAAAUCGAGACAACUCAGGAACACAUCCGUUUGGUGGGUCUUUCGGCCACGCUGCCGAACUACGAGGACGUGGCCGUGUUCCUCCGGGUUAAUCCAGAGAAGGGGCUGCACUAUUUCGGCAAUCAUUUCCGGCCAGUGCCAUUGGAGCAGACCUACAUUGGCGUCACCGACAAGAAAGCGAUCAAACGCUUUAAUACCAUGAACGAGGUUUGCUACGAAAAGCUCAUGGAGAACGCGGGCAAAAAUCAGGUACUGAUUUUUGUUCACUCCAGAAAAGAGACGGUGAAGACGGCGCAAACGCUGCGUGAUUUGGCAAUGCAAAACGACACACUGGCAAAGUUCUUGCAAGAAGAUUCAGCUUCAAGAGAAAUCUUGCAAACGGAGGCUCAAGAGAUGAAGACGCCUGAGGUGCAAGACUUGUUGCCAUAUGGUUUUGCAGUGCACCAUGCCGGAUUACCCCGCGCAGACCGAAAACUUGUUGAGGACUUGUACGCUGAUAGGCACAUUCAAGUCUUGGUGUCCACUGCAACAUUGGCUUGGGGUGUAAACCUGCCAGCUCACACAGUCAUCAUCAAGGGCACCCAGGUCUACAACCCGCAGAAGGGCCAGUGGGAUGAACUUUCUCCCAUGGACAUGAUGCAAAUGCUCGGUCGAGCCGGACGCCCUCAGUACGACAAGACGGGCCAUGGCAUCGUCAUCACUCAACACAGCGAAUUGCAGUACUACCUCUCAUUGAUGAACCAGCAGUUGCCCAUUGAGUCGCAGGUUCUCAGUAUCCUUCCAGACAUGGUCAACGCCGAGCUGGUGCUUGGAACAAUUCAGACACGUCAGGAUGCUGUGAACUGGCUGGGCUAUACCUACCUGUACGUCCGAAUGAUGCGUGCCCCCAGGCUCUACGGCAUUUCUCCAGAUGAGGCAGAGGAGGAUCGCUUGCUGGAGCAGAGGCGUGUAGACUUGAUCCAUAGUGCGCUGACAUUGCUCGACAAGAACAACCUCAUCAAGUACGACAAGCGCACUGGACAGGUUCAGGUGACGGCACUUGGACGUGUGGCCAGCCACUACUACAUCCAGCACCCGUCCAUUGCCACGUACAACGAUCACCUUCGUCCCAUGAUGUCGGACAUCGAAUUGCUUCGUCUCUUCUCUUUGUCCCACGAGUUCAAGUACAUCCCGGUUCGUGAAGAAGAGAAAGUCGAGAUGCAGAAACUGGUCGAGCGAGUGCCCGUGCCCGUGAAGGGAAGUACUGAUGAGCCAUCCUCCAAGGUGAAUGUCCUGCUGCAGGCAUACAUCUCCAAACUGAAAUUGGAGGGCUUCGCACUGAUGUCGGACAUGGUCUAUGUUCAGCAGUCUGCUGGACGUAUUAUGCGUGCCAUUUUCGAGAUCUGCCUGCGGCGAGGUUGGGCCGCCUUGGCCCUGAGAGCUUUGAAUUGGUGCAAGAUGAUAGACAAGAGGAUGUGGGCGAGCCAGACUCCCCUGCGCCACUUCAAGGGUUUGGCGGAAGAUAUCCUGAGAAAGGUCGAAAAGAAGGACUUUGCGUGGGAGCGCUACUACGACCUCAGUAGUUCGGAGAUUGGCGAGCUCAUUCGCUUUCCCAAGAUGGGCAAAACGAUCCACAAAUUGGUCCAUCAGUUUCCCAAGUUGGACUUGAGCGCCUAUGUGCAGCCUAUCACGCGCUCUUGUCUCAUGGUGGAGCUGACCAUUACUCCCGACUUCCAAUGGGAUCCAAAGGUGCAUGGAAGAGCUGAACCCUUUUGGGUCUUCGUGGAGGAUGUGAACGGCGAGCAAAUCUUGCACCAGGAGAUGUUUGUCUUACAGGAGAGAGGGGCCGAAGAAGAGCACACGCUGAACUUCACAGUGCCCAUUACGGAACCUUUGCCACCACAGCAACUUGGAACGGCAAGGAGCGGUCGGACGCUACUGGGAACAAAGGGCAUCGCCACUAGGAACAUGAAUUCUUAG